GUGAUAAUUUGAUAAGGCAGAAUGAACAAGAAACCAUUAACAGCCCCUCCUGCUGCGAAAAAAGCAAAAUACCGGGAUGACGAUGAAGAUGAAGAUUAUCCCGGUUCAUUUGAAACCGAAUUGGCUAAUAUGGAUGAGAUGGAUGAUCAGUUUGGAGAUGUGUCACACAUCAUUGAAGAGGGUCCUGAACAAGAAAAUACAUCCGCAAAAUGGAGUAGACCUCCACCACCAGAGUUAAAUCCACAGAAGGAUUCCUUAAUUUUCCAACAGAUAGAAAUUGAUCAUUAUUCGGGUGCCCCACUGGUUGGAAUGCCGGGCAGCAGAAUAGCUCCAGUACAAAUAAUGAGAAUGUAUGGUGUUACAGAACAGGGAAACUCUGUUUGUUGCCACGUUCAUGGAUUUUGUCCAUAUUUGUAUGUUUCUGCACCACACAAUUUUACAGAACAGCAUUGCAGACCUUUUAAGAAUGCAUUAGACAAAGCCAUACUGAAAGAUAUGAGAUCGAAUCCAGAGAAUAUUCAAGAAGCUAUCCUAGCUGUUGAACGAUUGUACAAACAAAACAUGUAUGGCUAUACAGGUAACGAGAAAUCGCUGUUUUUAAAAAUCACAGUGGCUGUGCCAAAAUUAAUAGCGGCUUGUAAAAGGUUACUCGAAAAGGAAGUGAUUUAUCCCGAAUUUAAUCACACGUAUACUGCCUUUGAAAGCAACAUUGAUUUUGAUAUUAGGUUUAUGGUGGAUACAUCUGUAGUAGGAUGUUCUUGGAUCGAGUUACCACCGAAAAGUUGGAAAUUGCGUGGCCAUCAAGGUCACAGUUUGCCACAAACAACAAGAUGCCAGUUGGAAGUUGAUGUUGCAUGGGAUGCUUUUAUUGCCCAUACACCGGAAGGGGAAUGGUCUAAAAUUGCUCCGUUCAGAAUACUUAGUUUCGACAUUGAAUGCGCUGGACGUAAAGGUAUCUUUCCUGAACCAAAUCAUGAUCCUGUUAUACAAAUCGCUAACAUGGUGAUAAGACAAGGAGAACCAGAACCUUUUCUACGAAACAUUUUCACGCUUGAUACUUGUGCACCUAUUGUUGGUAGUCAAGUGUUAAGUUUCGAAAAAGAGAGCAAAAUGUUAGAGAAAUGGGCUGACUUCGUGAGACAGUUAGAUCCUGAUAUUUUCACCGGAUACAACAUAAACAAUUUCGAUUUUCCGUAUCUGAUUAAUCGUGCUCAGCAUCUGAAUGUGAAGAACUUUAAUUUCCUCGGUCGAAUAAAGAACAUAAAGUCAGUAAUUAAGGUUCAUGUACUUCAGAGCAAGCAGAUGGGUAAACGUGAAAAUAAAUCUGUUAAUUUUGAAGGAAGAGUUCCUUUUGAUUUAUUAUUGGUGCUGGUCAGAGAUUAUAAAUUACGAUCUUACACGUUGAACGCUGUUUCUUAUCACUUUCUACAAGAACAGAAGGAAGAUGUUCAUCAUAGUAUUAUCACAGAUCUGCAGAACGGUGACGCACAGACUCGUCGGAGACUUGCCGUUUAUUGUCUGAAAGAUGCAUACUUACCACUGAGAUUACUAGAAAAAUUAAUGUGUAUUAUCAUUUACAUGGAAAUGGCAAGAGUUACGGGUGUUUCUAUCUAUAGUUUAUUAACCAGAGGGCAGCAGAUAAAAAUAGUCUCUCAACUACUGAGAAAGACCAAAGAAAAAGAUUAUUUGAUACCAGUUCAUCAUGGGCAAGGUAGCGACGAACAGUAUGAAGGUGCCACCGUCAUCGAACCGAAGCGUGGCUACUACAACGACCCCAUAGCUACUUUGGAUUUCAGUUCCCUGUAUCCUAGUAUAAUCAUGGCGCACAAUUUGUGUUACACAACUUUGUUAAGUCAUGAGAAGCAAGUGAAAUACAAAGUCGAUGAUGACGACAUAACUAAAACUCCCGCUAACUCUACGUUCAUCAAAGCAAAUGUCCGAAAGGGAAUACUUCCUGAAAUUUUGGAGAAUCUUUUGACAGCCAGAAAGAAAGCAAAGGCUGAACUGAAAAAUGAGACUGAUCAAUUGAAACAGAAAGUGCUGGAUGGUAGGCAGUAUGCUUUGAAAGUAUCAGCCAAUUCUGUUUAUGGUUUCACAGGUGCACAGAUGGGAAAGUUACCGUGUUUGGAAAUAUCGGCUAGUGUCACUGCCUAUGGACGUGUCAUGAUAGAGCGAACAAAGCAGGAGGUAGAACAACAAUAUUGUGUUUCAAAUGGGUACAAAAACGACGCUGUGGUUAUAUAUGGAGAUACUGAUUCUGUAAUGGUUAAGUUCGGUGUAAAAACAAUCGAGGAGGCUAUGGAGCUUGGAAGAGAGGCGGCAGAGUAUGUAACGUCCAAGUUCCUGAAGCCGAUAAAGUUAGAAUUUGAGAAAGUCUAUUUUCCGUACUUAUUGAUUAACAAAAAACGAUACGCUGGACUGUAUUUCACACGGCCCGAUAAAUACGAUAAAAUGGACUGCAAGGGUCUUGAAACGGUAAGGCGGGAUAACUGUCCUUUAGUAGCAAACAUGAUGAACACCUGUUUGCAAAAAUUACUCAUCGAUAGGAACCCUCAAGAUGCGGUAAAUUAUGCAAAACAAAUUAUAAGUGAUCUCCUAUGUAAUCGUAUCGAUAUAUCUCAGUUAGUUGUCACAAAGGAAUUAACUAAAACCGAUUACGCGGCCAAACAGGCGCACGUUGAAUUGGCCGCGAAAAUGAAAAAGAGAGAUGCAGGAACCGCGCCGAAACUUGGCGACAGAGUUCCAUAUGUAUUCACGACCGCUGGUAAAGGAACUCCAGCUUAUCAGAAAGCAGAGGAUCCGAUCUAUGUCCUAGAAAAUAAUAUUCCUAUAGACACUAAUUAUUAUUUACAAAACCAAUUGUCCAAACCUCUUGUACGUAUUUUUGAACCAAUUCUUGGCGACAAGGCGGAGUCGCUUCUCCUGAGAGGAGAUCAUACGCGAACUAAGUCAGUGGCCACAUCUAGAGUUGGUGCGAUGGCUGCUUUUACGCGCAAGAAGGAUGUGUGCUUGGGUUGUAAAGCUGUUUUAACGCCAGAAAGGGAGAAAAUGGCGUUAUGUAAAUAUUGUGAGCCUAAAGAAGCAGAAUUCUUUCAGACGGAAUUAUAUCUUGGUAGAAAGUUAGAAGAAAAAUUCUGUAGAUUAUGGACUGAAUGUCAAAGAUGUCAGGGGAGUCUUCAUCAAGAAGUAUUGUGCACAAGUCGUGACUGUCCGAUAUUUUAUAUGAGAAAGAAAGUACAAAUGGAAUUAGAUACCCAAAUGAAACGCGUCGAGAGAUUUGGAAUACCAGAGUGGUAAAAUCGAGAGUAC